AGUUGAAUAAAAUUCAUCGGCACGAACAGACGUAUUUUCCUGAAAGCUCCGUGACUUUUCCAUUAACUUUUUCGUAGUUUCAUUCAAUUGUAUGGAAAAAGAAUAGGUUUUUGUGAUUGCAAAAAAAUCGGAAAGCUGUCACAGUAUUAGGUUACAAUGGGCUUGAUAUAUUCUUAAUUCAUCAAAUUUUUUGGCGAAUUGACAUUGAGACUGUGGUUCUAUCGAAGUAUCGUAUUGUGCUCCCCUUUUGCUAUUUUUUUUUUGCAACAAAAGUGUUUAAUGUACCCCGAGGCUUUUAACAGCAUUAUUAUGAAAUUCUUCUACUCAUUCUUUAUGCUUCCCUCAAUUUUUAUCAUCACCACACUCCUCAACAUAAUCGCUGCAUCUGAGACAUUAGAUCCAAAAUGCGGGAAAUCUCGGGAAACGUUGGAUUACUGCAUGAAGGAUAUUAAUUCGUUGGAACAGCCCAUUCCCCAAUCUCUUCAGGAAAUUCAUCAAGUUUGCUCGGCUUUCGUGACCGGAAUGAAGUGUACUGAUGAUUACCUGACCCGGUGCAUCGAUCAGCGAGAACGGAAGAUAAUUGAAAGUGAAAUUUACGGUGCUAAGCACUUGUAUGACCAUCUCUGCCGCAAUCGGGGCUUUCAGAAGGACUUUCUCAAACAUCUCGAUUGUAUAAUCAGCAUUAGGCCAUCAUGGGAUGCGUGCUCGGAAAAGUUUGUACGAGAGGUCAAACAGGAUAUUAGCAAGCAUUUUUCCGAAGAAGCAGCACAAAAACGCUAUGUAGAUUUCUGUUGCAACAGACGAGUCUACGAGAUAUGCGUAUACAACGAAGCUAAGGAGAAAUGUUCUACGGAUUCUGCCAAUUUCAUCCGGGAAAUUGUGAAAAUUCUGUCAACAGAGAAAAAUUUUGCUGAUUGUGAAAAAUUUGAGAAACACUGCAGUGGCAGUGAGAACAUUGUAAAAAUUUGGCCAAUUUUAAAUGUGAUAUGUAGCUUGAUUGUCCUAAUAAAGAAUUCAUUAUAAAUUUGUAUUAAUUUUGGAAUAAAUAUUUAAAAGAUAGGAUAGUAUAUGUUGUAUAUCGUUAGUGGAGUAAAUGAAAUAUUACUGAAAUUUUAAUUUAUGUAAAUGGCACAAGUUGAAUAAAUUUUACGAUACAAAAUGA